AUGGCAUCACCUGAAGUAUUAGAGUACUUUCUUGGAACAGAAGAAGUUGUCCCAACUAUAAAGCAGUAUUAUAGUGACAUUUUUUCAAAGAAAAAUGCGAAUUUACUUAUGUCAGCUGCAUCUAGCGCCUUGCUGUAUUUAUCUUCUGGUCCUGUUUUUCCUAAUUGUUUGCCUUCGACGCCAUUGUGUAGCAUACUUGGUGAUGCUCUAAACACAUCGAAUGAAAUUGCAGCCAUUAACACACCAAUGAUGGAAAAAUUGAGAGACAAUAAAUGGAAUGAAUGGAUGAAUCAACUAGAAGAACAAUGGAAAAAUUUUCAUGAUCAGAUUGAAAACGAAAGGAGACAAUGGCUCGAAAAAAAGGAUAAUGAAUGGGAUGAAUGGAAAAAAAAAAUGGAAGUAAAUUACACGAAUUAUUGCAAGGAUAUAGAUAAUGAGUUCGAGUCUAAUUCUUUAAAAGAUUCUGAAAAAUGGGAUAGUACUCAAUGGGAAGACUGGAUUAGAACAGUAGGGAGAAAAAUGAUUGAAGGUGAAUAUGAAAAUUGGGUUCAUAAAAAUGAAAAAUAUUUAGAUAAAUGGAUUGUGACAGAAUGGUUUGGAUGGAAAAAAAACAAAAUAUCAUCAUGGUUGUCAUCCGAAUGGAAAUGUAAGGAAAAUGAAUCUUGGUCACAAUGGGAAGAAACUCCUUUAGCCAAAUUGCUAUUUAUAGAAGAUAGAAAAAAAUGGACAGCAUGGAAGGAAAGAAUUCUUAAAGAAAAGGAUGAAUGGAAUAAAUGGGUCGAUCAAAAAGAAUAUGCAUAUAUAAAUAAUGAGUGGAAUCCAUGGAAAAAAUGGAAAAACAAAAAUCGUCUUUCCUUUAAAAAAUGGAUUGGAUCCUUUAUAGAUGAAUGGAUAAGCAACAAACAGUGGAAUGAGUUGCUACAAGAAAGGAAAAAAUUUGUUAUCGCCAAAAAAUCGUUUCAAUUAAUAUAUAACCUAACAAAUUAA